AUGGCAGACACAGCCUAAUAAAUAAAUGUUAAAUUAUGUGACAUGUCAAGUGAUUUAUUAAAAGAUGCUCAAUAUAUAAUUCUUGAAAACCUUAAAAAACAUAGUAAUGAAAGAGAUAUUGCAUAUUACAUUAAGAGAGAGUAAAUAUUUAUUACAAAUAAUAGAUUGGAUAAAAGAUAUACAGGUCCUUGGCAUUGUGUUGUUGGGAAAAAUUUUGGAAUUUUUGUUACACAUGAAGAAGGAUAUUAUUUGUAGGCAAUAAAGGGAUAAAUCACUAUAGUGGUUUGGAAAUGA